UUGGGGUUUUCAUGAAACCCGUGACUUUUUUUCGGUUUUUACAGUAAUUCCGGUCUAAGUGAACGUAGAAAAUGCCUUAAAUUAACUUGUGCAACAUACAGAAAGUAAAGCUGUUACUGUAGUCCGGAAAAUCUCGAUUUGAAUCUCAUUAAACCAAAAAAAACAGCACCGAUGAAAUCAUCGUGGAUCCUGCCGAAGCGCUACAAAGGAAAAAUAUGCGCUUUUCUGCUGCUUUGUCUCAUGUUGUACAUUUUUGUGUACCAACUAUCGCGGGGCCAACCCAUUCCAAGCUGCUUCCAGCUGAUGCCGGAUGAUGGCCAGGAACUCCUUGACGACGUACAGCAGGCCACCGUGCAACCUAGCACGGAUGGGCGGAACAUUUUCUUUCACGAGACAUCCUGCUCGACGGAUGGGCUCGUCCGGCUGACUGCAAGGCAGGCAUGUGCGAUCGAGUCAGCUGCCCGGGCCAAUCCGGAUUGGAACAUCUUCGUACUGUUCGCCGCACCCGUUGGAUUUGAGAGUAAUAGUAGCAUCAGCACCAGCACCGGUAGUACGUUACCGCGAAUCAUCGAAUCGCUGCUCGAGUACCGGAACGUGCACUGGCGGUUCGUAAACCUUACGACAUACGCCAUCGGUACUCCGCUCGAAGAGUGGAUGCAGAGUGGAGAAAUUUACCGGUCGCACUUCAUGAACUCCCAUCUUUCCGAUGUGAUGCGCUACCUAACGCUGUUCAAAUACGGUGGAACCUAUCUGGAUCUGGAUGUCAUCGUGAAGAAACCGUUCGGAGCGCUGGAACCAAAUUACGCCGGAGCCGAAUCGGUUCGGUGGGUUGCCGCUGGUGUGAUGAACUUCGAACCCACGGGACAUGGUCACGAGCUGGCCGAAAUGUGUGUACGGGAUCUGUUGGCCAAUUUUAAUGGUAAAGAUUGGGGCAACAAUGGCCCCGGCGUGAUAACACGGGUGCUGAAAAAGUACUGUGAUGCCCGCACGACCGUUCAUAUGACGCGCGAACGGUGCCGGCACUUCACCGUGUACCCACCAAAAGCCUUCUACGCCAUCAAUUUCGAUGAUUUUAAGCAUUUUUUCGAAGAGUCCUAUCUCGAGCCUGCGCUGGCUGCGCUCAAUCAAUCGAUUGUAGUGCACGUGUGGAACAAAUUUAGUAAAUCCCAUCCAGUGAUCGUUGGAUCACGCGUAGCGUACGGUGUAUUGGCCGACCAGUACUGUCCCAAAGUGUACCGUUCGUGCGGUACUGUAUUUUAGUAAGCCGUUCCUUUGACUAUCUCUUCUCUCAGAAGGUGCUGAUUGUAGAAUAUCGUUUAUAUUAUGAACUCAUCUCUUUCAUUGAAUGGAUUUUAUUUAUUUUGAGGCAUUUAAUAGAACUAUGGAACUAAAUGUUAAUGAUAACACUACUACCUUCUUUUUUGUUAAAGUUCUAUGAUGCUAUUGCUGAGCAUAUUUUACGAUGCUUUUUUUCGAUGAUAUUUAAACGAACAAAUGGUGCAUUUAUCUGUUAGGUUUCAUUGAAUUGUUUAUCAAUUACAGUUCAGUCACAUUACAUCAACCGUCCCUUUUAUGCUGAUUGAUUUGGUUUUUGUUUUUCACUGGAACACAUUUAACUUUGGUUGAGUUUGAUCAGAGCUCUAAUCCAAUUCUUCUAACUGACAGUAAGCUAGCCGUAGCUCGAAUAUUUUUCAAGAAGUAUAUUGAAACGUAAAACUUUUGACUUCAAAACCAAAUCUUCACGAAAUAAUUUUAACAUUGGAAUCGCUCAAAUUUACAAUCUCAAUAUAUUGAAGACAUUCUAUUAUGUUGUCCUGCUUCAUAUACUGAUCUUUCCGUCAGACUUGGUGUUUUUGUAAUUUCGUUUCAGUAUUAAAAUAUUAGUAAAUUAAAAAGAAAA